AAAACAUGUCAGCUGAGGAUGAGGAGCGGCGGAAGGGCCUGAAGCCAGUGGUGGAUAUAGCCACCGCCGUACAUAUCGCACACCAGAUCUGGGGACUACGUGUGGCAGACGAUGACGACCCACCGCGCCCGCUUGAGUCCUACGACGACUGUAAUUUUUACAUGCCCGGUAUUUUGCCAACCUCGCUUGAGCCAUCUCAACAACGCCAAAAAUACCUGCUUAAAAUCCAAAACGGCGUGGAAAGUCGCACACCUGAGGUCCUGGCAUUCCAGCACGCCACCAUGGCGCGUUUGACCGCCGCUGGCCUUUCCUGCCCCCGUCCUGUCCCCCUUCCUCCUUCGGUCCCUCCCCCACGCCCUUCAUCCACACCUGCCAGCACAGAGAAAGCCAUGGCCCCCGCCUCCUCCCACACGGUCUUCCACACCCUCCCCGUCCGGGCAGGACCCGCCACUCCCCUGGCCGUUCGUCUCUUCCAUUGGGUGGAGGGUACCCCCCUCGUCGACGUCCCCUUCCCGCCCCUCCCUCCUCCUUCCUCCCCCCCUCCGGCCUCCCUCCCUCCCUCCCUCCCACCCCAGGCCGCUGCCCUGCUUGCAGCAGGGCGGUACCUCAGUCGUAUCGAGCAAGCGCUCACGGGGUUCGACCAUCCGGGUAGUCAUCGUCGACACAUGUGGGACGUGCGUCAUUUCGCCUCCUUAAGACCCUGGACCAGGUACCUCCCGGAAGAAGGCGGGAAACGCGCCUUGGUCGUCUCGGUCCUUGAAGCCUUCGUGCGGGAGGUGGUCCCCGUGGCGGAGGGCGGGGGGGAGGGCCUUCGGAUGGACUCAAGCCAAGCAGGGGAGGAAAGGGCCGUGGCUGGUUUUCGGGAGGGUGUGAUCAUGGGGGACUGGAACGACGCCAACAUCAUCGUGGCUCCAAGAGCCCCCUCCCAGGUGCGUGGAUUGAUCGACCUGGGCGACGCUCUCUGGAGCUGGCAAGUCAACGAGGUGGCCAUCGCCAUGGCUUACGCCGCCGUCUCUGCCCUGGGAAAAGCUUACCCCGUCCAGGCAGCGGCCUUGCUUUUGAGGGGUUGGGCGGCGGGGAGCUCGACGUUGCCUCGGAG